CACGCGCCUGCUGCCGUGCGAGCGCUCACUAUCCAUCGUCGAGGCAUCAUCAUGGCCACUGCGCCCAUCAGCGUCGCGGCAGCAGCUCUCACGGACCCGCAUGACGUCGUCAUCAGCUCGGCGGUCGGCUCCCUCUUCGACCUCUAUCACGACGGCAUCGGGUCCCUGUUCGCGGCCACGGAACUGUCUAUCGUCAUCGGCAUGAGCAACCUUCGCAAGUUGACUUGCCUCGCCUCUUGA